CUGGCAUCAUCUUCACAUGAGAGUUUUUCUUUCUUUCUGUUGUGAAAACUUCAAGAAAAGGCAGACAUGAGUCUCUCCGGGAAAGACAAGCGCGUGGUGAAGGCUAUCUGGGAAAAAAUGUCCUCGAAGUCUGAUGAAAUUGGAGCUGAGGCUCUUGGCAGGAUGCUGGUUAGUUACCCGCAGACUAAGACCUACUUCUCACACUGGGCGGAUCUGAGUCCUAGCGCCGGACCGGUGAGGAAGCAUGGAGCCACCAUCAUGGCGGCUGUUGGAGAUGCCGUCGGACACAUGGAUGAUCUUACAGGAUUCCUCUCCAAAUACAGCGAACUGCACGCCUUCAAGCUCAGGGUGGACCCUGCCAACUUCAAGAUCCUGGCCCACAACAUGAUGCUGGUAAUGGCCAUGUACUUCCCCAGAGACUUCACUGCAGAGGUGCACGUCUCCGUUGACAAGUUCCUGCAGAAUCUGGCUCUGGCUCUGGCCGAGAAAUACCGUUAAACUGCACUGAGCAGCGACUGCAUGUUGGCCACUAUGUCAUCCACAGCAAUGUCUAAAUGCCUUUAUUUUUUUAAAGGAAAGGCCCCGUUAAAUAAAUCAAAUAAAUCAAAA